AUGUGGCGUUACCAUGGAGAUGAUGCUGUCCUCUUGUUUGUCAGUCUCCCCAUCCUCUGGUCACACCUGUCAGCAGCAACAAAGAAUUUUAAAGAGUACCCAGAGGCUGAUCGACCUGGUCAUAUUCAAGAUGUCCACUAUGUGCCAGGGAAGAGACAAACGUAUCCAAAGUUCUCCUCCUCUGGAGGCUUAGUGGUGGAGGAAAGCAUGGAGCCCAUCCCCCAGUGGAUUAUUCCGCAGACACUGCUAAGCCCCAAUACGCCCACGUCCAGGCAGCCCUCAAACACAUGUGGUUCAUCAGUGAUUUCCAAGUUAACGAGCUCUGAACCCCCAGCUAUCACUGAAGUGGAGACCUCUGAACCUGCUACUGCUCAUACUGAAUCAGCCACGGUGGAGUUAAGCAGCACUGGCCGAACUCAAAGCCUUCCAGAAACCAGCAGCACUGCAACACUGGACAUACAAAACCCGCUGCCCCUGGACUCUCCUCCUCCUCCAACACCUCCUCCACCUCCUCCUGCUGCAGACAGCCCAGACCUCCCACCAUUACCCCCUCCAGCCCUGCCUCCACGACUGCCAUCAUCCAAACCUUCUUCUACCUCCAGUCCUCCUCUUCCCCCAACACCGCCUCGGGCUGAAAGCCCCCAGCGUCCGUCCACCCUCCACCUAAAGACACUGCCACGGCCCACUGUCAGGGAGAACGGUGGCCCCCCGCCGGGGGUGGAUGAGGAUGAGGAGGAGAGAAAGAUGCUGGAGGAGGAUCUGAAGAAAUGCAUUGAGGACUUCAAAAAGAUUCGCUUGCCCAGAGUAUUUCCAGAUCGCAAGAGGCACUGGCAAAGUGACUUGCUCAAGAAGUACAACGCAUAGAGCACGCUGCUGCAGCACGAUGUUGAAAAAACAAGGAUUUUAUAACAAUGGCGAGAACAUGUUGUGAGCUAGGGAAGAUUGUCAGCAAGUUUACUUAAACCUCUAAUAUCGUAGCUUCUGCAUGUCAACAGAACUAAAUUGUUUAAGUGUAGUGCUUAGGCUGAGCUCGUCCAGCAAUCACACCAUUAAACCACGGAGAUUUGUAUUGUCCCCUCAUAGAAAAAAACAUUCCUAUAGAGAUUGUUUGUGAGAUGCUUUGUUCCACACAGCUAUUUGGAGAUAUUAUUUUCAGUGGUGGACAAUAUAUGAAAUGACGUUAAUUAGAGAUUUCUGCCCUGCUCUCUGUACUGUAUCUACUGAUCAAGCUACUGGGAAAUGUAAGCUAAGUGUGAAAUAGGCAUUUGACCUUGCUGAUGCAAAAUAAAAGACAGAAGUGAAAUCUCUGGUGCUAAUCUAAAAUAUCUCACCUCAUCAAUAUUAACCGUAUCACUUCAAAGCCUUUCUUAUCCUCUGCGCCUGCGAUUCAAAAGCUCUGCAGUUUGGUUCAUUUUGUGAUUACAUUAUCUUCAAGCUAGCAAUGGAAAAAAAAAUGUACCGAGAAGUGAAGUGGGUAAUUACAGACGGGCAGAAUGUGGAAUAAUAAUGA